GGAGAAGAUGGAGGAGAAAUCGAGAAAAUGGAGGAAGAGCUCAAGAAGAUGGAGGAGAAGGUGGAGAAGAUGGAGGAGGAGGUCGAGAAAAUGGAGGAAGCGCUCAAGAAGAUGGAGAAGGUUGAGAAAAUGGAGGAGGAGGCUGAAAAGAUGAAGAACGUCAAGAACAUGGAGAAUAACUCCAAGAAGAUGGAGGAGAAUGUCAGGAAGAUGGAGGAGAACACAAAGAUGGGGGAAAAGGUUGAGAAGAUGGAGGAGGAGGUGGAGAAGAUGGAGGAGGAGAUCAAGAUUAUGGAGAAGAAGGUUGAGAAGAUGGAGGACGAGGUUGAGAAGAUGAAAAAGAAUGUCAAGAACAUGGAGAAGAACUCCAAGAAGAUGGAGGAGAACACAAAGAUGGAGCAGGUUGAGAAGAUGGAGGAGAAGGUUGAGAAAAUGGAGGAAAGGGUUGAGAUGAUGGAGAAGAACAUUGAGAAGAUGGAUGAAGAGAUUAAGAAGAUGGAGAAGAACAUCAAGAAGAUGGAGAAGAAUAUCAGAAAGAUGGAGGAGAAGACAAAGAUGGAGGAGGAGGUUGAGAAAAUGGAGGAGGAGGUCAUGAAGAUGGAGCAGAAGAUGAAGAAGAACAAGGUGGAGAUGGAGGAGGAGAAUGUCAGAAAGAUGGAGGUCAAGAAGAUGGAGAAGAAUGUCAAGAAGACAAAGGAGAACAUUGAGAAGAUGAAGAACAACGUCAAGAAGAUUGAGGAGAACACCAAGACGGAGGAAGAGGUUGAGAAGAUAGAAGAUGAGGUCAAGAAGAUGGAGGAGGAGAUGAUGGAGGUUGAGAAGAUGGAGGAGGAGAUGAUGGAGGUUGAGAAGAUGGAGGAGAACAUCAAGAUGGAGAAGGAGGUUGAGAAGAUGGAGGAGGAGAUUGAGAUAGAGCAGAAGAAUGUCAAGAAGAUGGAUAACAUCAAGAAAAUGAAGAACAUUGAGGUGAUGAGGAACAUCAAGAAGAUGCAGGAGAACAUCCAGAAGAUGGAGAACAUCAAGAAAAUGAAGAACAUUGAGAAAAUGAAGAACAUUGAGGUGAUGAAGAACAUCAAGAAGAUGCAGGAGAACAUCAAGAUGGAAAACAUCAAGAAAACGAAGGAGAACACCAAGAAGAUGAAUGAAAACAUCAACAGAAUGAAGAACAACAUUCAGAAGAUGGAGAAGAACAUGGAGAACAUGGAGGAGAAGCCACCUGUGGGGUGGACAAGGGGGUGGGAGAAGCUCUGGAGACUCACCAGGCGCUUGAGCUCCGGGUGCCGGGCCUGGAUGCGUUUGAACUCCAAGAUCUUGCCCUCGUCCACGUCCUCCUUCAGCUCCCAGGUGCUGUCCUCGUAG